UUGCAGACAAACAAACUCGCGCAGUUUGCAGACAUGGAGCGUUGGGCCGGCCGUGUAGCGCUGGUGACCGGUGCGUCUGUGGGGAUCGGGAACGCCACAGCCCGUGCACUGGUCCAGCAUGGCAUGAAGGUGGUGGGGUGUGCUCGGGACGUGGACAAGAUACGGGAAACUGCAGCUGAGCUGCAGCAGGCAGGUGCUGCAGGACAGCUGUAUCCUGUCCAGUGUGACCUGACAGUGGAAGCUGAGAUCAGAGCCAUGUUUGACAACAUCGAGGCUGAAGAUGGCGGUGUGGACGUCUGUAUCAACAACGCCGGUCUGGCCACCCAGGAUCGGCUUCUGUCCGGGAGUAUGGAGGCGUUCAGGACCAUGACAGAAGUGAACAUCCUGGCGCCUACCCUCUGUACCCAGCUGGCUGUGCAGCAGAUGAGGAAGCGAGGAGUGGAUGAUGGACACAUCAUCACCUUGAACAGUAUGUCUGGUCAUCGCGUUGGCGGUCUCGCGUUCUAUUCCAUGACGAAGUUUGCUACAAAGGCUUUAAAUGACGGUCUGAGGAUGGAGUUAAAAGAUAUGAAGUCACACAUCAGAACUACGUGCAUUUCCCCCGGACGAGUGGAGACAGAAUUCAUUCCGCGCAUCUAUAAAGAUGAUCCCCAGAAGGCACGAGAUCUGCACGCCGCGAUGGAAUGCCUACAAGCCAAGGACAUUGCUGAUACAGUUCUGUUCGUGUUGGGUGCCCCGCCACACGUGGAGGUGCAUGAUGUGCUGGUACGGCCCACAGAGCAGAAAUAGUACGUUCUAGUGACAGAAAUGGCGCUGUAUCAUGUCAACACUAGUAACUGCUGGAUUAUUCAAGACUGUUUAGUUUGUAUCAUGAGAGAAAUAAUUAUCAGUUCGUGGGACUGCGUUAAGGCAAGGAAGGUCUUCAGCAGCUCUGUUAUCCACUGUAGUAAUGGCUAUGAAGUAGUUACUCUAUUCACACACAUACAACUCCACAAGAUACCUUAGCUAGUCCAACUGCUCUCAAACAUGCCUGUCCUUGGUGCUGAACGCCAUCCAACACUGUGCAAUAGCGGCCUCUAGCGACUCAUGUCCCAAGUGUAGGUCAAUGUAACAGACUACGGUCAUACGACGGUAGACGAUGGAAUUUUUUGAGGGGUACCGGGUAGGGAUUUUCAAUUUUGCAAUUUCAGCUAUCAAUUAUUUUGUUAUACAAAUGCAAAUCAUAAUAUUAAGAAUGAAUACAUGAUUGUAGUGUGUAUGGAUACGAGUACCGUAAAGAUACUAGUAGCUGUAGGAUUAAAUACAUGUAUAGUUUAGAAGGGAGUAGGAUAGCUACAAAGAGUCUAGAUGUAUUGCAGAUGUAAUGAUUUUGGGAAGUUGAUGAUAUUUUUUGAACACGAGUAUAUUAAAACCUUAUGAACAACUUUUGA